UAAUCAUGAUACCAAAGACUAAUCGGAUCAGUAAACCGAAUUGAUCCGAACCGGAUAAGGAACAGAGUGAAACUCUGAAGUCUGAACGGCCGCCGAAGAAUGUGGAACUGGUAGACAAAAUAUAGGAACUGUCGAUCGAUACUUCCUCUAUUACAAGCUUUUACGGAUUUCUUUUCCAUUUGAUAGUUCAUGGAUGGAGCCGGUGAGAAACGUGUUCGUGCCAAAGGCUCGCGUGAAGUUGACUGGAUAAGCAACUUGCCAGAAACAUUGCUAUGUCAGGUACUCUUCUAUCUUCCCACGAAAGAUGUAGUUAAGAGUAGCGUGUUAUCUAGUAGAUGGAGAAAUCUCUGGAAGUAUGUACCUGGAUUCAACUUGAGUUAUUGUGAUUUCCAUGUCCGCAACACAUUCUCGUAUGACCACAACACAUUCUUGCGUUUUGUCGACAGCUUUAUGGGUUUCAACAGUCAAUCUUGCUUACAAAGUUUUAGGUUAGAGUACGAUUCUAGUGGGUAUGGUGAGCCUAAACUGGCUCUGAUCAGGCGGUGGAUCAACAGUGUUGUUAGUCGGAAAGUGAAAUAUCUCGGUGUUUUGGAUGAUUCAUGUGAUAAUUAUGAGUUCGAGAUGCCUCCAACCCUUUACACUUGUGAGACCUUAGUAUACUUAACGCUCGAUGGACUAUCCUUGGCUAGUCCCAAGUUUGUUUCUUUACCUUCUCUUAAAGAACUCCAUCUAAGUAUAGUUAAGUUUGCCGACCAUAUGGCGUUGGAAACACUCAUCUCACAGUGCCCAGUUCUAGAAAACCUAAAUAUCAACAGGAGUUUCUGUGAUGAUUUUGAAUUUACAUGUGUGCGUUCUCAGUCACUAUUGAGCUUCACUCAUGUUGCGGACACUGAUGAAAUGUUGAAUGAAGAUCUAGUAGUCGCAAUUGAUGCCCCCAAGCUUAAGUAUCUGAGGCUCAGUGAUCAUCGUAUUGCAAGUUUUAUACUAAAUGAUCUGGCUUCCCUUGUUGAAGCUGAUAUCGAUACUGUCUUUAACUUGAUUUGCAAGAAGAUGUUCAAUCCAAAUGAUCUGAAUAAAAGAAAUAUGAUUCGUGAUUUUCUCGUCGGGAUCUCUAGCAUAAAAACUUUGAUCAUCGCUUCAAGUACUCUUGAGGUCAUUUAUGAUUACUCAAGAUGUGAGCCACUACCCUUAUUCCGUAACCUAUCUUCCUUGCGUGUUGACUUCUACGGCUACAAGUGGGAAAUGUUGCCAAUCUUUCUUGAAAGCUGCCCUAAUCUAAAAUCUCUUGUCGUGGGAUCUGCUAAUUAUCGGGAGAAGGAGGGAAUUAAUAUCUUGUCUGUACCUCGGGGUUUCCUAUCGUCUCUCGAGUAUGUUAAGAUAGAAAGGCCAUUGAAAGGAGAGGCGAUGGAGAUGAAACUAGUGAGUUACUUACUUGAGAAUUCAACAAUCCUCAAGAAACUGACCCUAUGCUUGGAUGAUUCCAUAAAGAAAGAAGAAUCUGUCAUCCUAAAAGAACUCAAUACUAUUCCAAGACUCUCUAGCGCAUGCCAAGUUGUCAUUCUCUGAUCCUUAUGCUCUAGAUAUCGACUAUGAAACAUAUUUUUAAAGUUUCCUUCAAGUACGUAGUUAGUCUGAUUUCCUUGCUCUUUUUUGGUAGUUUGCGAGUGAUUUCAUAAAACGGUUGAGUUCUUUUUGAAGACUCUUUCAAAGUCACAAACCAAUAACACCCCCAGACCAGGCAUUAGUAUAUUUGUUUUUCAUGAUUGACUUUUAGUAAUGCAAAA